UCAAGCACUACACCAAUGGACGACAACUUCUACUCCAACGACAUGGACAACUACUCGCUUCCACAGUACAACGACUUCUCAGACAAGCCCCCUUAUGGCGGCAUCGACCCCCGUCUGCUCAGCUCGCCUCAUCAGAACACGCCUAUCCUCAGCAACGAACAACCACUAUCUCCCUUUGACUACACAGUCUUCAGUCCCCAGCAAUCUCUUCCUGUUAUCUUCGAUCCAGAUCUGUCUCCCCACGCUUACGAACCCAUGCGCCAUCAAAUGCUGGGUCAUCGUCGCAGUGUCUCUGUUCCUCCUGAAGACCUGAUGGCAGAAAUCGUACAGCCGCCCCCUGCUAUGGUGUUCCAUCGUAGUGGCACACCAUUGGGAGACUCCAUGGGCCCUGCCCAGACAAGCGGCAGCUCAAACAAAAAGUGGUUGAAGAAAGCAGCUGCAACCCAGAAAAGACAGAUGCAGAGACACUUGCCAUAUCCGAUGAGUGGAGAAAGAAUGCAAGUCAAGAGGAGUAACACUCAACCUGUGUACUCUCAACAACAGGCUUCAAACCCUGGGCCUACAAGUGCUCCUCAACAAAUGCUCUUGACAGCUGGAGAUCAAGUUCCUCAAAUGGUGAUGCAGAGUUUUGAUGUUGGUCCUUUGUCUUCGCCACAACUUGCCGACUACAACAUUAUCAAUACUGGAGCAAGCACUGCUAUGCCCGCAGGAUUUACAGAUCUUGACUCUUUGGCUUUUGGCGCAAGAAGCGACGUCGGCACUGCUGUCCUAGGUAUGCUCGGUUUCGUAGACCGCAUCGCAAGAGACUGCGAAGCCAUGCGUGAGUUCUUGAGAAGAGGAUUCAAGAGCAGUGAGGAAGAUGAGGUCGAAAGUCUUCGUCAAGAGAAACGCGCCAUCAACCACAAACAUUCCACCCUCGAAGAUGGUCUCGAGAUGCUUCCAUUGCCAGAGGGAAGGNNGACUGAAGAAGAGGUGACUGUGCCUGUUACAGGUCAAGAUAUCAAAGAUCUGGAUGAUGAGAAAGCAAGUGCUUUGUUGGAGCUGUAUGGUAUUCCAUUCUCUGCAGACAUGUUCUUGUAUGAGAAGAAGUUGGCGUAUCUACGCUUUGUUGGCGCCAGUCGUCCUCUGAUGCAUCUUGUGUUGGAUUGA